CAGCUUAAUUAUGACUUAAAAUCUCUAAGACUAUGCUUAAUAAUUAGUGAAUAUUUCAAUAUCAGAUGAUGAGGGGAUAAUUGAUUACUCACCAAUGAAAUAAUCUAAUUUUUAAAAUGUUCUUACAUAAGGUUAACCAUCUGGAAAAAAAUCAUUAGCAGCUUCAGUCAAACCGAAGUCUACUGCUUCAAAAUCAACCAAAAGUAUGAUUACCAAGUAUGAUUUAAGAAUCAAGUGGGAUUAAGUCAACUAAGGAUAGAGCUAAAGAAAUGAAAGAGUAAUUUGAGGAAUAGGCGAAAUAACUAAAAUGGUAUUAAGAAGAGUAUCAACGAUUGAAAGAUUAAAAAAAAUAUUUAAAGGAAGAGAAGACUUAAUAUGUAUUUGUUUAUUAAUUUAAUAAUAGCUUCUAACGAUCAAUACAUAUAAAACAAAGUUAGAGUAAAGUAUAGGAAAUGAGAAGAAACUUCAUUAAUAAUUGAAUGAAUAGAUGAAUGUUACAAGAUAAGCAUUAAAAUAGUCAAGUGAUGCUCAAAUAACUUUGGAGUAGAACAAAUAAAAUUACUUAUAGUAAUAAUAAAUGGAGGACUUGGUCAGAUAGAGGUAAAAAGAGGAAUUAGAAUAUUAAUAUCAAAAGAAGCUUGAUCAAUCAGUUAAAUAAGCAAUUGCUGAUGCAGAAUGCAAAUACGAAUUGAGAAUUCAAUAAAUGAAUAAGGAACUAGAUGUUUUACGAAUAGAAAACAUUGAACUGCACAAAAGACUAAUGUAAAAUGAAACAAACAAAAAACAUAUUUAUGUUUAAAGCGAAUUAGAUUAGUUGAAAACGAAGUACUUAACUACAAAGGGAUGAUUCAUAUUUAAGUGAUUAUCAUUAAGCAUUAAAUUGUUACUGA